AUGACAGAAAUAGGACAGAAACAUACAAAAAGUUUAAAAGCUACAAAACCAAUGCAGAAUCAUGGAUAUCAAUCAAGGCCGAAAAAAAGGAAACAACCAUCUACAGAAGAGCCCAUAAGUAUAAGCUUAAGUGAAGAAAGAAUAUCUGCCAUAAAACAAAUAGUAUUGAGGGACUAUUUAAACAAGGCCCCCAGCUUACUCAUCUUCAACUCAAUUUCAAAAUUAGGAACGGGAUACGUUGAAGAAACAAUUAUCAAUUUUAUAAAAUCGGAGUUCAAAAAACAAUGCAGAACUGACACAUUUAACCAAAAUGCAUUACAAGUGAUCUAUGUGGACGUGCCACAACAGAAGAACAGCAGUGACUGCGGCUUGUACAUGCUACAAUACGUAGAGAAUUUCUUUAAAGAUACAAAAACGACUUUAGACGCGAUUCCUUACUUACACGAUUGGUUCGAUGAUAGAACUAUUAUGAGAAAAAGACGUACCAUUGAGAGCCUUAUACUCGAAAAGGCUUCAAAAUUUUUGAACCUUUCAGCAAGUUUGUAG